UCAUAUUAAAUAUGGAAAUGUUUUGAUUCAGUAACAAAGAAACACCAACCAUUUUCAGAGGAAGUGACGGUUUUGACAAGAUGAGAAAUAACCUUAGUAACUAACCAGCAGCAAAAAAAACCACACUCACUCAAGCUUUGUGUUGAGUGAGUUUUGUGCUGAGAUCAGGAACCAGCAUGGAUGAGCUUGAUUUGCUGUUGGAAGAGCUUGCCCUGAAUCCAGCAGGUUCAGAGAGCGUCAAUGAAAACAGGGGGAAUGAUACAGCUGAUGGAGAGGUACCAGGCGCAAGCUAUGCUGGACUUAUCAAGAAUGAAAAAAGCUCAGUCUGCUCAAAUGUCUACAGUGAUCUGCCAGCUCCUGUGGCAGCUUCUUUGGAGCCUGACUCACCCACUAAGGAGCUGGACUCCAUCUUGCAAGACCUGAUGUGUCUGGGAGAGGGAGAAGAGAUUCCAUCGUCUUCAACGACCCCGCCACCACUUAUACAAAAGCAGUCCAUGAAAAGGAAAACAGAAGGUGGACAACAGGAGAACAAGGAGAGCAGCGGCAGCACGGCAGGUUCAGAUACGAAGGCCUCGACCACGAGCAAGAAAACAGAUGCUAUAGAUGACUUGCUCGGAGGGCUGAGCUUUGACUUGGAGAAGAUUGGCGUACGCACCACGGCCAAGGGCCACUGUGCUUCCUGCAACAAAUGCAUUGUGGGAAAGAUGAUCACAGCACUGGGUGAAGUGUGGCACCCUGAACACUUUGUGUGUGUGGUCUGUAAGACUGAGCUGGGCACCACAGGCUUCUUUGAGAGAGAGGGGCGACCGUACUGUGACAAAGACUACCAUCACCUCUUUUCUCCUCGUUGUGCUUAUUGCAAGGGGCCCAUUGUGCAGAACAUUCUGACAGCCCUGGACCAGACCUGGCACCCCGAGCACUUCUUCUGUACACACUGUGGAGGGCUGUUUGGAUCAGAAGGAUUCCUAGAGAAGGAUGGAAAGCCAUAUUGUUGCAAGGACUUCUACCACCUCUUUGCUCCAAAGUGCUCAGGCUGUGGGGAGUCAGUGAGGGAGAACUACCUGACUGCAGCCAAUGGCACCUGGCAUCCAGAGUGCUUCGUCUGCGCAGACUGUCUGAAGCCCUUCACUGAUGGCUGUUUCAUGGAGUUGGAAGGUCGACCCCUCUGCUCGGUGCACUUCCACUCCAGGCAGGGCACUCUGUGCGGCCACUGUAGUGAGCCCAUCACGGGCCGCUGCAUCUCUGCUCUCGAUCGCAAGUUUCACCCCGAGCACUUCAUGUGUGCGUUCUGUCUGCGGCAGCUCAGCCAAGGCAUCUUCAAGGAGCAGAACGGGAAGCCGUACUGCUCGGCUUGCUUUAACAAACUCUUUGUGUGAGACAUGAAGGACAUAAUGAACAAAAGAUGCAACGGAAAAACAAAUGAAAUACUGCAGCACUGCCACUGUUGAGUUUAUAAUAUCCUUGUCCAUAGUAUGAAUGAUAUAUCUAAAUGACUAUAUUCAACUCUUACAGUACAUUACAUAUCUGAUCUGUUUUUACUUUGGUACAGAUGAGCAAUAAACCUUUCACUUUUUCAGUACAUCAUGGCCAAAGGUCAGCCGUCACUGUGAUCUCUCAAAACACAUUUUUGGACAUAACUCACAAAAUCAUAUGUUAAUUUUGACACAAUUUAACACAAAUGUCUAAUAGGUUACUUCACUUCAUUGAGUGAUGACCUUUUAUAUCCAAAGGGGGAAGUUGACCAUAUUUCCUGCAACUUUGCUGGUUGGCUGAAGCAUACAAUUGCAAGGCGGUAGGCGGUGCAAGUUAUGAAUAUUGUCAUGUGAAGUCCAUUGCAGACUGUCCUAUCACUUUGCCAUCUGUACUGUGGCUGCAGACUGAAGUCGCUGAUCUACUAGCUUAAACCUGGGCUGAAAAAGGUAAAGCCAGUGAGAUAGCUCUUCAAGAAGGCCUAGGGCAAUGAUUUUUGGUUCCACCCAGUAUUAAUCAAAAUGCGAUUGGUUAAUUCACCUGCCACUCUCUAAACAAACACAUGCAACUAUGGGGGCUUCAGGCCUUCUGUUUCGGUUAUGAAGUCCUAACUAAAGUGUGAGCCAGCUAUCCUUUUCUCUGCCUAGAGAUAAAAACAUCAACCAA